ACAAUCCAUUUGACGUUUGACCUUGGAACUGGUUGAGUGUCGUUUAAUAAUGUUUACUUUUUUUUUACCUGUGGGUUCGUAGUAGUCAGGGUCGGACCAUAAAGAUUCACAACCGAGUAGGGACUUUGAAUAGGUAUCAAGGGGGGGGAACUGGCAAGUUUCCAAAGCAAAAGCACGAUGCAGUUAUAACAACAAGUGAUACGUGAGCUCGUGGUGUACAUAAGCAAAAUAUUUUCGCAAUCUUCACUCCAUGAAUCAUUAAAAUUACUGUAAUAUUAGGCGACGCGAUGGACGACAUGGACGAAAUGGACACCUUCCGGGAUCACACCCCCAAAAUCCGAGCCGGGGACAUCGUUUGCAAGAAAAGCCGAAAAUUAAAAGUCAUCAAAGCCUACCACAGGUUCCUGCACGCCUGUACAUGCACCGAGUCCGACUGUCAAAAUGCGGGCUGCGACGAGAUGAAGAGCACCGUGGUGCACUUCAAAAUGUGCACCCGCACCCCCAAGAAAGAUUGCACUUCAUGUCGACAGCUACUGGCCCUGUGCCAUUACCAUGCCAAACGAAGUCAAGACUGUGAGUCGAAGCUGUGUAUCGUGCCAUAUUGCGCCAAGAUGAAGCAUUUGAUGAAGUUGAAGCGGCGGGCGAAGCGGGCGGCGCGGCGCCAGAAAGAGGCCGCGGAGGCGAGCACCAGCGCUGUCGAGACAGUCGAGAUCAACGAGGAAUGGGAGGUUAAUUCCAUCAGCGAUAGUGAUAGUGAUAGCGAUAGUGUGGUUGUUGUUGGGCCGGAGGGUGCACAGGAGCAGGAACCUGAAGAUGCACAGGUUUGCAGAAUUUUUACACGUUUUGCACCCUGUUUGUGGCGAGUAGUUGAGCCGUCAACCAGCCUCAACUUGUCCCAAGUGGGAUUUACACCGUAUUCGAACACGACCACCACCUCCAACGCGCCGUCGGUAAUUCCAGAAAGUGCUUACACAAUUCCGAUCAGAACGUCCCCAGUUGAGGUUGAAAGAAUCAUACCAAACGUCCCGUGUUUGGACGACCCCCAAAGCGAAGCCCAGCUGAAAAUGUUACUCCGCGCCCACAAAUGUCUGACUGAAGAAUCACAGGGAGUGGCCAGUUGGCCAUGUUUUGAAUCAAACUGUGGUGUGAUGAAACAAGUAUUAAAACAUAUCUAUAGUUGUGGUAUGGGCACCAUGUGUACAGUUUUACAUUGCUCUUCCUCCAAAAAUCUGCUCAACCAUUGGAGUAAUUGUACAAAUUCGGACUGCCAGCUUUGUAUGCGAGUGCGAGCUUCACAAGGUCGCUACAACGCUUCAGGGGUGCCAUUCGUGGAAAGAAGCGAAGCGUCAGAGAGGGAGGUUGCCAAUGAAGGGAACAAAGACUGGCAGAGGUCCAUAUACCCAGCGGUGAGAGAACGCAUGGUUAAAAAAAUUAUAGAGAUUGUGCCGCUUUAUGUGCCGACGCCAUCGCCAAACGAUCCCAGGUUCAGAGAUUUGAUCACUUACGCGAAGCAAGCGGAAGUUGCCAUGUUUAACAAAGCAAAUUCUAGUGAGGAGUAUUUUAGAUUAGUGUUGGAGGCAACUCAUAGAGUUCAACAAGAGAUGCGUAGAAAAUGGUACCGAAGAAGACGUCACCCGGCGGACAUGACGAACAUCGCCGAUUAUAACAAUAUCCCUGAAGUUCAAGUUCCUAUUGACAGAGACAUUAAUGCACCCACCGGUACUGUAAGCACCCCACCACAAAUUGAAGUACCACAGCGUUUCGUGGAUCCACCGCGGACUCCCGAACGGAACGAAAUGCUAAGAGCGUUGAAAUCAAAUCCACGAUUGAUGGCUAACUUCAUUAGAAGUCGACAGGAAAUGACAGCAGCUCUUGCUAAUAGUGGGCCGUGGUCCUACAACACCUUAAUUUGAUCGGUCCUAGCAUUCGUUACUCAUAAUUAUUUUUAUAUUUUAAGUAGUAUAUUUUUGUAUUUGUAGUUUUUAUCAAUUCGUAAUGUUAUUAAAAUGUUCGUGUCCAUAUUUGAUCUGUUACCAUAAAAUUAAAUAUUUCCUCUAAUUACAUGAGAUGAUUUUAUUAUAUUCAGGUACUCUAAAUGUACAUAUUAUCAGUCUUUAUACUUGUGUAUUUUACCAAUAAAAACAUUAAACAUUCCA